CUCUUACCGGCCCUCUUCUGCCUUCUAUUCCCCACACUACAUUGCUGUUUUUCCCUCUCUUGCAAUUAUAUAGCCUGCACCCUAUCACUCUACCCGUAACCACCCAAAAAUGAUGUUGUCUGAGACUCCAUCACCUACCACCGAGCUGACUACGGUGUUCAAGUACGGGGACAUGCCGUCAGUCGCACUGAGCACGCGCGCAGUGACUGUCACCACCCACAGCGAAGACUCAAUGGACGCCACUACCCGCAUAGAAGACGUUCCAUCAAUCGACCAGGUGCCGCUAAAUUCUGAUGCGCUAACAGUGAAGCGCACCAUCAUCUACGACGAAAUGGUUGCCUACGAAAUGCAGCAGCAGCCGUCGAAAAGCGAUGGCCGCCAGAUCUACCAGGUGUGCGGCCGCACCAUCGAAAACAAGCAAAAGUUUCCGUUCGAGCAGUUCACCAACUGCCUGCGCAUCGCAGCCACGUACAUGGCGCAGAACAUCGCCUACCAUGGCGGCCAGGAGCUGGAGAAGUACAGCGACAUUGGGUUUUGGUCGCCACGGGUCAAGCUCCUCUAUGCCCAGGGCAUGGAGGCCUACGAGGCGAUAUGCAAUGAUGAGACCAAUGCUGACCCGAGCAUGCUCAACGACGAGGUUUUUGUGUGCGCCCAAGUGUCGGUGCGGCCCUUCGCCUUCUCCAUGCGCUUCUGCUCCUUCCCGUUCUCCGCCAUGGCCACCUGCCAGGUGCGCGUCUGCAAGGGCACCCGGCCCGAGUCGUUCCUGCGCGACGUCCAGCUUGCCAACGACACACAUGGCCUGGGCCGCCUGAUUACCCCACCAAUCUCCGAUGUCGUGCUUUUGCAUCCAGAGACCCAGCGCCUGAGCGAAGGAUUGCUGUCCAAUUUCUUUGUCACCCGCUACGUGCCGCCUCCGGCCAAGACCCGCGACGGCAUGCUGCAUGCGGCUGACCGCACCAGGUUUGUCAACUACCAUUUGAUCUGCGCUCCCCUGGCCACUAUCCAUCAGGGAAAGAUCCUGGAUGUUAUCUGGAAAAUCUGCCAGCGCGAUUCGAUUCAGGUAUCGUUUGGCGCGCCGAUCUUGGCCGAGGGACUGGCUGGCAAGUGGUCUGGCGCGUUCAUUGUCAAUACCACAUAUGCUCUGCUGCCUAUUGACACUAUGUACUUGACGGACCGCCGCCAUACAAAGGUCGAGUUUGGCACCUGUCCCCUGGUCACGCAUCUGCAGACAGCCGUGUUCAAGAUGCUCAAUGAUAUCGACCCAGCCUUCCUGUAGCCACUCUCUCUUUUUCGUUCGGGAACUUGUUCAUGCCUGCGUCCAUGUUCAAUAUUACUUAUAUAGAGUGCAUGAGCCCGCCGUUACCUCUCAAGGAUUUCUAUUCAUGGACAGACGGACUAGUAUUUCAAAAUAGCUGAAGAUGAUUUCCAAUGUCUAUUUUUUUGCGUAUCC